AUGACCGAAAUGACCGACCCGGCUGUGGUUGGUGGGUCAUCGUCUACUCCGAAUCCUCCUCCUUCAAAGAACGUUCCCGAGAAGUCCAGAGUUUGCGCUUUGAUGGAUAAGCCUAUGUUUCUCUUUUGGUGGUGCCAGGUUUUGGCUUCUCUAGAAAAAGCCAUAAAACUACGAGGAGAGAGAAAAUGGUUGUGGGGUUUGGGAGGGAAUGGAGGGGCAGAUGAGGGAGUUAGGGUUGAAGAGACCAACGAGGCGGCCAUUUUUGGAGCUCUCUGUAAUUGUUGCUCUCAGUCUCUGAGAUUGUAUGGAAGAUCAGAGAUGUAA